CUUAGGCACACAACAAUUACUUACAGUAUCGACAAUAUCUUUUCCUCAACUGCCUUUCAACUCCUUUGUCUAGAGAAGUGAAGUGAAGUUGAACGACAUUUCAGAGGAGAUGGAGAGCAAAGAUUAUGUUCCUCUCUUUGAAACAAAGCCAGCCAAGGGACGAAUUUUAUUCCGAUUAUAUGCAGCUUCAAUCUUUGUGGCUAUCUGCAUGAUCUUUGUUUACAGAGUGAGUUACUUUCCCAGCAGCUUGGAAGGACCAGCAGUUGAAAGAUGGGCUUGGAGUGGAAUGUUUCUUGCUGAGUUAUGGUUCAGUUGGUAUUGGUUUGUCACUCUUGUUGAUAAAUGGAACCCCAUCUAUCGUUACCCUUUCAAAGACAGACUCGCUCUCAGGUACGAGAAAUAUUUUCCAGGAAUAGACGUAUUUGUGUGCACGGCAGAUCCUGUAAUAGAGCCUCCCACUAUGGUGAUCAACACCGUGCUAUCAGUCAUGGCUUAUGAUUAUCCACCCGAGAAGCUGAGUGUUUAUUUAUCGGAUGAUGGGGGUUCAGAUUUAACGUUUUAUGCCAUGUUAGAGGCGUCUCGUUUUGCAAAGGAAUGGAUACCAUUUUGCAAGAAAUUAAACGCAGAACCCAGGUCACCUGAGGCUUAUUUUCAGUCAGCAGUUGAACCAAUUGAUGAUCCAAUCAUGGCGAAACAGUGGCAGUCUAUAAAGAAAUUAUAUGAAGAUAUGAACGAACGGAUUGAAACUGCUACAAAGCUAGGCCGACUCUCAGAAGACACACGUAAAGAACACAAGGGAUUUCGUGAGUGGGACUUUGUUCUAAGCCGUCGCGAUCACCAAACCAUUCUACAAAUACUAAUUGAUGGGAGAGAUCCAAAGGCUGUUGAUAUAGAAGGACAACGCUUGCCUACGCUGGUGUACUUGGCACGCGAGAAGAGACCUCAAUUUCCCCACCACUUUAAAGCUGGAGCCAUUAACGCACGCAUAAGGGUGUCAUCGGGGAUAAGCAAUGGCUCGAUUAUUCUGAAUGUGGACUGCGACAUGUACUCAAAUAACUCUGCUGCUGUGAGAGAUGCCCUUUGCUUUUUUAUGGAUGAAAAGCAGAGCCAUAAUGUUGCUUAUGUACAGUUUCCACAGAACUUCAGUAACCCCACAAAGAAUGACCUUUACGGUAGUUCCCUGAUGGUAAUAAUGGAGGUAGAGCUUCCCGGAAUUGAUUCCAAUGGAGGGCCUUUCUACAUUGGUACUGGGUGCUUUCACAGGAGAGAGACUCUCUGUGGGAAGAAAUAUAGCCAGGAUUGUAAGACGACAGACUGGAUCAAAACGGUGAAUAAUAAUGAUAGAGAAGUUGAAGAAAGUGCAGUUGUACUAGAAGAAUCAUGUAAAGUACUUGCAAGUUGUAGCUAUGAGGAGAAUACUCUAUGGGGAAAGGAGAUGGGUUUGAUGUACAACUGUGCAGGGGAAGAUAUAAUGACUGGAUUAGCUAUACAAUGUAGAGGAUGGAGAUCCAUCUAUCAUAAUCCUGAAAGGAAGGCUUUCUUAGGACUUGCUCCCACAACACUUGGUCAGUCCCUAGUGCAACAUAAGAGAUGGUCUGAAGGUGAUUUUCAGAUCUUCCUUUCAAGCUACUGUCCUUUCCUGUAUGGACGUGGAAAGAUCCCACUCAAACUUCAACUUGCAUACUGCCUUUGCUUGAUGUGGGCUCCAUAUAGCUUGCCUACUCUCUACUAUGCUUUUGUGCCAUCCCUUUGCCUCCUUAAAGGCAUCUCCUUGUUUCCUAAGAUUUCGAGUCCAUGGGUUAUGGCAUUUGCAUACGCGAUGUUGGCCAACCGUGCAUACAGCUUAGGAGAAUUUAUAUGGGUUGGAGGCACAGUCAAAGGUUGGUGGAAUGAUCAAAGAAUGUGGAUGUUCAAAAGAACAACUUCAUACUUCUUCGGUUUCGCUGACAACAUACUGAGGCUACUGGGCUUUAAAAAGUCUGCCUUUGAGAUCACAGCAAAGGUGGCUGAAGAGGACAUAUCUGAGAGAUUUGAGCAAGAGACAAUGGAGUUUGGUGCUUCUUCACCAAUGUUCACCAUUUUAGCAACAAUUGCUUUGCUCAACCUGUUUAGUUUUCUGGGGGGACUAAAGAGGGAAAUGUUAGAUGGCCACUGUAAAAUAUUAGAUCAAUUUGCCGUGCAGAUGCUUCUAAGUGGGAUAGUGGUAUUGAUUAACCUACCAUUAUACCAAGGACUCUUCUUCCGAAAUGACAAUGGAAGGAUGCCUACUUCAGUAACAUUCCAGUCUACUCUCAUCUCUCUAUUGGUCUGCACAAUAGCUGCAUAUUAAGUACCAAAGUGCUACCUCCAGAUGCACAACAAAAUUUGAGAGUGUGGGAAACUGUUUGUUGCAUUUGCAAAGGAAAAUUAAUAAUUUAAUGUUGUCAUAAUCUCUUGAUUGCUAUCUACAGCAGAUGCUUAUUUUGUAAGAACCAAUAUAACUAUAUUACUACUGUUUUUAUAAGAUUUGCAUGAAAUCUCCCUUA